GGCAGCUCCCAGCCAGUCCGCUCAUGUUCACACUGGUACUACUGUGAAGCUGCUCAUAAACACAGAGGGACACACAAUGCUCAGCUGGCCAGGCUGCGGACUAGACUCAUAACUUCGUGUCAAUUACUGCCUUCUUUAUUACUAUGCUGAAGUUUACUUUGUGGUGAGUAACCGACGAAAGAAACACUCUUUAAGUGCUACAGUAUGUAUAAGUACAGUUUAUUACAUUAGAUAUUGUGUUUUAUAUGUAGCCUUCACCUCGCAACGUUUAAGACUUCGUAAUGUGAAAUCGGAAAAUCGUUUCAUAUUUUGUAUCAUGUUGGUAAUAACAAGUCGUCUCCCGUUGCUCUAUGAAUAUUGUGGUUAGCUACCGUAAGACGAGGGCAAAUGAGUACAAAUACUACUCAAACAAACUUUCCAUAACAGCGGCUCAGGCUGAAGGCUGUCUGUGCUGUAGUCUCCUGUUUAGAAACCGCAUAAGUUUGCUCUGCUUAACAGUGUCAGACUAAUAAAAACUUGUGACUUACAGACAGAAAGAGAGACUGACCUGGAGACAGACAGACAGACGGACAGACAGACAGGGGGUGACAGUGUUGUCAGUGGGACUGUAAGGGGUGAAGAGGUCACCUGCCUAAUGACUGUUGUUGUUCAGUUCAACGGGAAGCUACUCCUGCUCUCCUCCUAUCACAUUCCUGUAAGGAUUUCAACACAACAGAGAAAUUAAUACGAGCUAAUUCUGCGUCAUGAUUCCCAGUUGCGUCAGUGAAAAAAUGUCCUGCAGCCUUUAACUACUUCAGUACAUUUAGACAGUCCAGACCCUCGCCUUUUGCUCCUCGUGGACGCGCACGUGCACGCCGUGCCUUUGCUGCUUUGAACCUUUAAAUUAUAGAUGUCUGUUAGUGGAUACCCACGUGUACAGCAGAGACUCUCUUUUAGUAUAAUAAAUGUGAUUUAACAGGGACAGGGGGCAGCUGUAACACUCUAAUGCAGCAUUAAUUUAAACUUGUGUCUUACUCUGUUUUUAAAGCAUAGCCUAUUUAACAGUUGUAACACUGUGUUUCUCCUGCACAGAUAAAUCUCUUAACACCUCAGUACAGUAGCGGAUCAUACACUGUAAACACUGUAAUGGCAGGAGAAGCUGUCUCUUGUUUCACCUUUUAUUUGCUGCUGGAUCCAGGAAGUUGCUCACUUUGAGUGCACAUACACACAAACACACACUGGUUCAACUAUUUGCUUACUGCAGACAAUCGGAGGCUUCUUGAAGAGUACUCUGUCUUUUGGAAAAAACACACUUGCUGUACUGUUUUCAGUGGCUCACAUUGCUCUUUUGUACUAGAGGAGGGGUCUAAAUCCUGGUCAGCUGCUUGCAUUACUGUCACUCGCUGGACCAUGAUAGAGUUUAAGGCAUCAUGAGGUCAAACUGCCUGAGAGUUUGGAUGCAUUGUGAGUUAACUUUUACAAGCUUAGAGUGAAACUUGCAGAGUUCAAGAAUAGGAUAAGGCCAGUUUGGGUGUUUUUGAUCGCUUUAACUGCGAGAAAGUACAACUACAGCUUGAGUAAGAGAUUGGAUGAAAAUGACAGAGUUACAGCUAUUUUCUUUGGAAAUAAAUCAGAUUAAAAUAUCUAAAUACAGAUUCAUGCUGGUUUUCCAGAGUUGUUGAAAGCAAGAAUACAGGUCUAUGUUUGCAAAUGAUUUAUUGCUUUUAUUCUGCACCAAAAUGUCCAUGUUUUCCCUUGUUUUAUAAAAUAACAUAACACUUUGUGUACUGAUUAUGCUCACUUGUGUAACAGUCCAUGUUGGACCAGACUAAUACCAGCUUUUCUUUGUGUGAAGGCCUCUUUUUUACAACACAAUCCGCUUGUAUUUUUCUUAUCCCCAUUAGCUUUGACCAGCCCUGCUCAGGUUUGUAACCCUGAAAUUACUCAUGUUUGGAUUUCUCUUCCAUGUUCACAUCCAAAAAUAGCAGCCACUUGAACCAUUACACCCCCUCAGUCCUCAGCAUGCAGCUAUUGGGCGCUCCGUUUCCAAGUAUUCUCCACAAAAAAACUUGAGGAAUCAUUGGAAUGUUAAUUACUCUGCGGGGUAAAAGAAAAAGAUCUGUUCACUUUUUCUCUCUCUUUUUUUUCCACUCCCUCUUAAGCGCUCAGCUGGUUGUAAGAGGAAGUCAGGAUUUCAGGUCAUAUUUGUGCACUUAUGAAACAUCAGUGUGUCCGAUAAAUGCUAUCAAGAUGUAAUUAGCUUAAACAAACUUGUGUGCUGAAACCGGCUCGACCAGCAGAGUCAAGGCAGAAGAGCGGCCUCAUUCCCGCAGAUGUCGUGUUUGAAAGACAGAUUAUUAGACUGUGUACAUUAGGGCUCAAACAGGAGUGGGGAUGCAUAAUUGUUGCUUUGUUAAUAGAUCAUUUUUCAUCAUUAGUUCAUUUUUUUCACAGAGAAGCUAAAGUGAAGGCAGCUGUUUGGAUGAGUAUUGAUCUGUGCAUUUCUCACCACCAAACCUUUCUCUUUCUUUCCAUUUAUGCAGAAUGUUUCUGAGCCACCACAGCCAAACAAUGAGAGGCAUCCUUAAGAGAAAGUUCACAGAGGUAGAUGACAACCCCUGCGACUACUACUCCUCCUCCUCUCCUGCCUCCUCAGAGUGGGAGUCAGAUGGAGAGAGCAGCCCUUCAGAAAACAACCACGAUGUCACUCCCUAUAGUCCGUCUUCACCCUCCAGUGUACACCGUAAGUCCUCAAACCCACAACCACUGUGUCACUUUUGUCCGCCCCUCUUUCAAAUAAUGCAAACCUCUUCCUUAUCAGGCUUUUUUUCCCCAUCUGUGUUUAUAGGAGUGUCUCUUAUCAGCCUGCAGCAGCGUGGGUAUGAAACGCUAAGCUUAGUGGAGCUUUAGUUGAUAAUACACAGAGAAUGACUCGCCUCUGUCCGCUCGGGUGGAGAUCAUUUGCCUGAGCGAUAGGAUGUUGUGGAAUCAAUUUGAAUAGCAAGCCCUUUAAACCAGGCUUAUCAAAUGUCCUCAUUAAGAUAUCACAGAGCUGCACAGACGGCUUCCAAUAACAAAAUAAUCUGCGGUGCUGUCCAGCUUUAAGUACAGGUUUGUUGUUUUCAGUCAGAGUGUAAACAGUGCCACAGUGUGGAGCUUUUCAGACUCACACAGCAGCUGAGACGAGCUUAGUCAGCUGCUCUCAGUUGUUUACUGACUUUUGGGAACAAGAGUUCAACCUCAGUUAUGUGCGAAGGUUGGAUCAUUUGUUGAAGCCAAACUGUCAAAACAAACACUAACCAGAGAGAAAGCAAACUCUAAACCAAUUCAAGAGUUCGUUACAAUUGUUAUUAGCCUGAGCCUGGCUGUCUCAUUUUCUCCCUGUUCAGUUAAUUUGUGCGCUGCUCACUGAAAUCCUCGUCCUCCUCACAUGUACAUUCAACUGUUGACCUGGGCCACUGUACGGCACACCUGAAGUGUGUCAUCUGGUGGCCAUUCAGAGACCUACAGAGCUUAUUUUCAGUCACAGAGCUCCAAGUAAAAAGAAGACCAAAACCUUUUUUACUUUUCAUGACUUUUGUAGUGAUUGCGAUAGUUGUGGUGUCACAAAUUAUUCUGAGUUGAUAAGUCAUCAUGAGUCACCAUGAGUCUAAAUUAUUUUUUAAAGAAAUGACAGAAGUGUUAAGUACUGUAACAAAGAUAAGCUCUGGGAUUAGACUGAAGACAAAAGACUAUUCAAUUUUUAUUUUGCAGUUUUUCUCCAUCAUUGAAACACAAGAGUUUAGAGGGAAGGAGAAAGCCCCCCCCCCGAAAAAAAUAUAGAUGUAGUUUCACCCCAGAAACUUCCUUACCUAGUGCAAUUAUUUGGGUAUCUGGGGUUUUAUUUGAUAUGACAGUUGAAGAGAUAGGAAAUGUGAGGAGGAGAGCAGCAAAUGUUUUGAUGGUCGUCGAACCAGUGACAGCUACAAUGACGACUAUAGCCUCUAUACACUGGGUGCACACUUAAGAUACCGUAGUAUUAUACCUUUAACAUCAGCACUUCUGCCCAUCUUGAGCAAUUAAUAUAACUUUCUAAAUCAAACAAAGUAUCCUCUACACUUGUGGUAGGCAGUUAACACAAAGUGAGAAAAAUAAAACAUGUUGUGUGUAAACAGGUACUGACGUCUGUCUCCAUCAGACACUGAAAACAAAUCAGGACAAUUUUCUGACACUUUGUAAAAAAGCUGACAUCCAAGUGCAUGAUGAAAUAAGUAAUAGAACAAAAAGGGUAUUUCAGUUUUAACACCUUCCAGAGAGAUAUUAUGAAGACCUGCCUGGUCAAAUUCAGACCCCUGCACUACAAUAUAUAAUGUAUGAUGUAUGUUUUAUAACUAAAGUCAAAGUUAAAUAGUGUGAUCAUGAUAUGAAGAAGGAUACGUAAACAUAUAUUAGGCCUACAGAGUGUGUGUUAGCUAUAAUUCAGUUUUUUUAUGUGCUUGUGUGUUUUUCCAUAAUACUUGUGUUUGCAAUAAAACAAAUCCAAUGAGAAGUUUAUUUUUAUCACCACACUGGUGAUUCAAUGGGUUGAAGAUAGGUAGCUUGUGCUUCAUCUGACUGCAUCAAACAGUGUGAUAGCAUAAUCAUUGUACCUUAACAUGCAUGACAUGGCUGUGAUCUUAUAGUCAAAAUUUACUCAUGAUGCAUUGCUCUUUUUUUUUUUUUUUUUGCUUUAACUGUAUUUUCACAUUCAUUGUGAAAAAUUCAUACUUUUGUUUGUGUUUACUGUGAAUGUAUUGUGCUGUAAUGAUGAACGUGUGACUCAUUAUGCAGCCUUAACUCUCAUUUCUGAAUAUCCUCUUUUAAGAUUUUCUCAAAAUAUGUAUUUUUGGAAAAACUCAUCUGUCAUAGUUGCAGGAAGGUGGCCAGAAAUGUCUACAUGUCAAAGCAAACUUUAUCCUCUAUUUGUAAGGCGCUACUUCAAUUUGCUGCUUUUACAGACGUUUCUCCCUCAUUCCCUCUUCUUUUAAUUCUUAAAGGUCAGAAAACUGGCGAAGAAGGCUGAUCUGUGUUUUUAUCGUAGGCCAGGAGACUUCACCCUGACAGUCUUUGACCAUGUCUAACUGAUUCAGCUACAUUUAGACUGUUCAAAGAGAUGUGUUCAUGUUGGUUGUGGUCUGCUUGGUCAGAGAACUAGGUACCUUACUUUAAAACAUGAUCUGACUCACACUUUUCUGUUUUUUCUUUUUCUUUCUCUUCCACAUCUAGUUCGGUCCAUCCUAAAGAGGCCAAGGCUUUCCGGCUCACAGAGCAACGUGCGGUUCGACCAGGUGACAGUGUUCAGUUUUCCACGUUGUCAGGGCUGCACCAGCGUGCCCAGCCGGGGAGGAGCCACCCUGGGCAUGGUGCAGAGACACAGCAGCCUCCAGAGAUACACGGUGUCAGAGCACGCUCUAGAGCAACAGCGCAGACACAGAGAGAGGCUCAGAGAGAAACUGAGAGAGGAGAGGUUUGAGGCACUGAAGCUCAAAGUGAGUGCACUCCACUUCCACUUCAGUUUAAAUCACUUGUUUAUGCUGCGGUUGUCUUACUUUAAGUUACUCUGAUUUCAGUUGAUCUCCAGUGGGGCCAUCGAUCAGACAGAAGCAGAGAGGCUCUCGAUUGAUCAAAUCCAAGGCGUAGACAGUGAGAUCCACAUCAGUGACGCUGAGGUGGAGGAGGGAAGUUUCCUUCAGCCUUUCUCUUCCAGACAGCGGCAGGCUCUCCUUCUGGCGGCAGGGGUGAAGCGUAUAGACCGGGAGGAGAAGAGGCAGCUUCAGGCUUUGAGAUCCUCCAGAGAGGCCUGUGGAUGUGACUGUCAGGGCUUCUGUGAGCCAGAGACCUGCGCCUGCAGUCUGGCAGGAAUCAAGUGUCAGGUACAAACAAAACCCAUCUUCAACCCAUCAAACUCAUUCAUGUAUGGUUUUGUUUUUUAUCUUGUGAUAUAAGUAGGUUUUUGUUUCACUAAUGAGAACGUAUUGAGAGGGGAUCUAAAUUGGUCAGUACCAUCAGGCUUUUCAAAUCUCCAACAGUCAUCUGUAAUUUAAUUUAAAGCCUAUGGUUUAUUGGAGCAGGGGUUCAGGUGAUCUUGAGCAGUGCCGUGUUGUUGACAUCCACCACAGAUUAUAAUCAAAAUAAUUAAUGAUGUUUUAGAUGGAAACUUGUUCAACACUUUUAAUUUCAUAGUUUUGGCUACAACUAUAGUUCUUGAGGAUGCAAAGUCAGCUUCUUUUACCACCUCAACUGAAGACAGCGAGCUGGAGCUUGACUUGAAAACAGUUUUUUUCCCCAUCAUUUCGUAUUACGUCAACCAUUUAGCAUUAGAAGCAUCUCACCAUUCCCUUUAAGCAAACAAGCUGAGUUUUCCAUGACUCCCUGCUCUUUAUUUAAACUGUAAUUUUUCACAAUUUUAACCAUGAAUCUAACAUUUUGGGCUAAAAUGUUAAGCCUUCAGUUUAAACAUAUCUGAUAGCUAACAUGAACUCAUUAUGCCUUGUUUUACUCUUAAGCUAACCAUUUCUACUGUGUAGCCCUUACUUUGACUAGUUUCAAAACAAGUUCUUAAAAUAAGUUAAUUACUUAACCAUUUGUCCAUUAGCUGAUUUGUACAAAUUUUGGCAACCUUUACAUUUAGCUAGCAUUAAACAAAGUUUUUUAAAGACUUUUGGCUGGUAUGAAGCUUCUUACUUACCUUUUUCAUUUAUUUGUGGUUGAUGUGUACAAGCAUUUAUUUAUGCAUCCCUUACUUAAACCCACAGUAAAAUAAUUAAAUUAAAUUUGCAAUUUAACAGAAGUGUUGUGCACCCCCCUCUAAUGUCCAUACUUUAUUCCUUCCUCUCAGCAAACUAAUGAAAUCUCAGUUUAUACAUUACCUUUGGCUUACUCCUUAUCAGCAAAUAUGGUUUUAACAUUUUUAGAUUUAUUCUUACACUGAAAUUCUGUGGACUGGGAUGUUUUGCAGAACUACCGUCAAAAUAAGUGACAUUAUUUUAUAUGCGUCACUGUGAAAAAGGAGCAAUCAGUUUAUUUAUUGGAGGACAAGAGUUAAGUCUUGAUACAGAUACAGAAAUAUUGAAAACUCAGAGAUAACCUUUUGAUCUAUCAGUUACAAUUGUUUAAUUUGCUCCUGUCUCUUAAUGAAUUUAAAGUUUAGUCCAGAUAAAGGUGUCAAUAAUCCCUUUUGUAUUUACCCUGAGCACUGAGUUUCUCUUUCUUGUUUCACACUCAGGUGGACCGCUUCAACUUUCCAUGUGGCUGCAGCAAAGAUGGCUGUGGAAACACUCAGGGACGCAUCGAGUUCAACUCCAGACGUGUGCAGACUCAUUACAUCCACACUGCCAUGAGACUACAACUGGAGAGGAGACUGCAAAAUGAAACACUGAGCCAGGAGGACCAGACUGGACUGCAAGAGGACCUUGAGGAGCAUGUGGACCAGGAUGAAAGCCAUCGGGAGCAAAAUGAACAGGAGAAGAGCUGCCCCUUUGGGUUCAGCAUGGAAGAAGAGGGCAUCUCUCUCCCCAUGCCCACCAGCGUCUCUUUUCAUUUCAGCCCAGAGCGGCUGGUCGAGGAGAAUAGCUGCAGCAGUGAUAUGACUGAAUCCUCUCUGUCCUCCUCUGAUUCUGAUACUGGAGGAGUCCUCAACGGGAGUCAGAGUCUCCCUGAGGUUGACGAAGCGAUGUCACACUCCCUAGACAUCUGUGACUCUGACAAUAAAUACUACUCUACGUGCAACCAAAAGAGGGAAACAGGAGAACCACUGACGCAAUACAGCACUGACUCUGCCCCUUACUGCACACAAACAGACAGUAAAGGUCCACAGACAGACAACACAUUAAGAAACAACACAAACAGGACUUUAUUGACUGAUUACCUUGAUGAGAACGCAAACCAAUCUAGAGACUUCUUUGAUGAUGACUCUCUCGAGGGCUACCCACGCACGCCCUCCCCCACGGUGAAUUAUUCCUCGAGCCUAUACAUGGACCUGAGUCUCUCCUCGGACUCUGACCUGGAGUUCUUCGACAGUGACUACACCUCUGGACCCCUGCACAGCUCUUUCAAAGCACAUAGACACACAGACAGCUUUUACCACCCUCAGCUGUUCAGCUCUGUCAGCCUGCCACAGUACGAGUCGAGUACCUACCUCCUGGAGUCUCUGAUUGGCCUGACGGAGCCGAGUACAGAGCAGGUCCCUGAAACUCAGUGUUUAUAGCUGAUUCAAUCCAAUCUGCUGACAUGAGACUGUGUGAACAUUUUAAUUUAUGAAGCACUGUAUGUAUCUGUAUUAUUUUAUGUAUAAAGAAUGAUGUAAUAUUUUUCCUUACUGGAAACUUUUCUAUUGCCUAAAAAUUGCCUUUAUUUCAAAGAAACCACACUUGAGAAUUAAUAUAUGUCUUGUUUUUAUCCCUGAACAUGUACGAUGAUCUCUGAAAUGCUAUUUAAUGUCUUACACCAUGGCCUCAGAGAAAAUGUAGGCUGGACAAAUGACAUACCUUCAAUAAAGCAGCAGGCAGUGAUGCAGCAGUCUCAUCAUAGUUCAUAACUUUCUUCACAUUGUUUGUAUGUUUUUUAUACACUCCUUGUUUUAAAGGGGAACAUCAUUUCAUUUGUUUUACUAAUUUAUUCUGACAUAAUGGUGAAGACAAGACAAAAAAUCCCAUUUUAAAAGUCAUUGUCCAAGAUAUCAACAAAAAUGUCUAUUCUUUUUCUGGCUGCUGGCCAUGGUGUAAGAGGGAUAAUCCACUUCAACUGCCUGGCUAAUUUUGGGUUGUCUCAAUAAUGCUCAAGUUUAUGUUUGUAAGAAUUCUGUACUGAGUUCAAAAGAAUAAAAAAUGUUUAAUUUUUUUUUCAAUAA